AUGAAUCAAUUACCACCCGAUCUAUUGAAAAGCCUCCAAAUGGCACAUGAAAAAUUCAGUACAUUACCUCCACAGCUUUCUUCUUUCUCUUUUAAUCCGUAUGAAACUCAAUCACACCAGGGCUAUCAACCCACAAUGAACGAAACUCCAUUUUCUGAAUCGCAAAUUCUGGAAGAUUUGAAGAGAAUACAAUCUGGGCUAACAAGUAACGAGCAACAACAACAAGGCUCAUCCACCCCUACGACCAUCAAAACUCAUCAAGAGCAACAACAAGGCUCUUCUGGAACCACUUCUCCUCAUACUCAAGGAGCACUUUAUAACAUUCCUCGACAAGAUACUCCUGUGCCAGAGGCUAAGCCAAGCAACACCAAAUUGAGAAGCGAAAAGAUUUUAAACAAUUUAAGCAGCAGUAAUAUUUCACCUUCUUCUCCGACCUAUGAUGUAUCGGGAUCUUACCAAAAUCAGAAUCAAACCAAUACUCCAGUCCCUUCCCCAUCUACUCCACAGCCAACAAAUUCAUCUCAAUCACCUUCAUCAGCACUCCAGAAAUAUGCUCCUCCACACCAAGUGCCAGUUGCAUCUGAUCCAUUUAUGUUUGGCCCACUAGAUAAGCAAAAUCAUGUCUAUUCAACAUUUCCACUUGAUUCCAACCAAGAGAGAAAAAAGGUAACUGCAAUCAAAGGAAUUACUAAUUACGCGUGCGAUCUAAUAUUUUCAAAUGGAAAGAAUAUUGGAGUAUUAGGCGAUUUUUUGGCUUGGACUUUGAAAGGUGGUCCAAUUCGUGUUUUUAAUCGUAAAACAGGUGCAAGAUGUCUCUUAAAAGGACACAAACAAUUUGUUUCUGAUUUACAGUGUGGUACUAAUCUCAAACUAGCUACAGCAUCUAGAGAUAGAUCAUUGAUUGUAUGGCAAGUUAUUGACACUGAGGACAAGACACAAGAGAAUGAUUUGAGAAAUCCAAAAGAAGAUCAAUUUGGGUAUACCAAAAUUGUGCAUUUAGCUUUCCCAUCAUCAGAAUCCCAUAGAUUCUUUAAGAGAAUUUUAUGGGCUCCUGAAUCUGAUUCUGAGCUUUGUGCUAUCACAAAUGAUAACCAAUUAUUUAUGCUUGAUAUUGAAAAACUGUCUGAUUUAAACGAAGAAAUAAUUGAACUAGACAGUGAAAAUAUUGAAUCCAUUGAUGGAAUUCGUAUUUUAUCUGACGAUCUGGAUGAAAAUGAAUCUCUUACAGAUAUGAGCUUCUCUAGUGAUGGAAAAUAUCUAGCUUGUGUAUCCUCAUUUGGUAAUAUUUAUGUUUGGGAUAGAAGGACUAAUAUGACUCUUGUUAAACAAACAAACAUUUAUAACAGCGAAUUGCUAAACAUCCAAUUCUUUAGCGGAACUGAAAGAAACGUUGAAAGAUACUUUGUAACAUCAUCACAAAACAAUUUUGAUAUUUCAUUGUGGUAUCUUUCACCAGAACUUGAUAUUGAGCUUAUUCAACAGAUGUCUAUUCGUCCUCAGAAGUGGGAGGAAAGUAAUUCAAUCAACACGAUUACAUUAGAUCCUACAUCCACUGUAUUAUGUGUUGCCAAUUUACACAAUGCUGUUUUAUUUGUAUUGAGAUUGAACAAGACGGGUCUUAUUGAGCAAACAGGACAUCCUUAUUUUGAUUGUAUCACAGAAUUUGACUCCAAGUAUCCAAUUGUUAAUGCUGUUUGUAUGACCAUUGGAAGUACAUUUGGAUUGUUUGCUCUGCAAAGUACUGGUUCACAUCUAUUGAGCAUCAAGUCCUCACAAGUUAGUCCUCCUGUUCAAGAAACGAAACCUCCAAUUCCAAUGCCAGAUUUAGUGCAUCCAACAAGCGCCGCUAAGGAACUAGUUCCUGUCAGUACCAAUACUGGAGUGGCAUUGCGCCAGCCCAUUGUAGUUAAUGGAACGAAUAAUACUACUAGUGGAGGAAGCAUUCCUACAUCAACUCCAAGCCCUUCCUCAUCGACUGCUGGUGUCUCAUCUUCCAAUUUUGAAAUUUUAUCUGAACUACGAAGAAUGGAAAGAAAUCUAUUGAACCAAAUGGAGUCAAUGAUUCAAACACAAACAGAGAGACAAUAUGAUCAGCUUUAUAAACGAAUUGAGCAAGAAAGAGUAGCCAGACUUACAGAGGAAAGAAAACGCCAAAAGGAACUUAUUGAAACAAUUUCAGCCACCCUUUCCAAUGAUUUACCUAACGAGAUUGCAAAUUCGGUCACUGAAAAUGUUGUGGGUGAUCUUGGAAACACCUUGCCAUACCUAAUGAAUGACGCUUUGAAACAAUCUCUUACUGAUACCUCAGACGAAGGAUCCAUCAAAAAGACAAUUCAAGACAGCUUCCAAACUGUGCUCAAAACCACAGUGCUUCCCUCUUUUGAAACAUCAUGCAGAAGAAUGUUUGAACAAAUUAGUAAGACCUUUGAACGAGGCAUGGAUGAGUUGGUAAAAAAUCCUCUUAAAGAAUACUGUAGAGAUAUCAAUGAGACCACUGUAGAGACGAUCAAACAAGAGCUGAAGAAUUUCUCUCAACAAGUUUCAAAAUCAUCUGACCCGUCAAACUUGGGUGAUGCUGCUCUCAAAGAAAAAUUACUCACACUUAUUGAAUUGCACAGAUACCAAGAAGCGUUCACUAUUGUUUUAGAGAAGACAGACUUGAAUUUGUUGGUUUGGAUUUGCACAAUUAUUGAUCCAUGUAUUUUCGAAGUUGAAUGUCCAUUCUCUCAACCAGUUCUGUUGGCUUUGGUUCAGCAGCUUGGCUAUGAUAUUACCGAACAGACAUUUGUUAAAUUAGCUUGGUUAGAAAAGAUUGUAGUUCAUAUUAAUCCUCUGGACUCUUCUAUCAUUGAAAAUGCUCACACCAUCAUUGAAAAGAUUCACGCAUGCGUUGCAGACAAAUAUGAAGACAUCGAAGAGCGUGGAAAGGCAAUUGAUUUGAAGACACUAAAAUUGGUGCUCCACGUUCUCAACUCAUUGCUUAAAGAUUCUCGUGACGCCAAAAAGCUUUAUUGCAAUAAAUAA